CUGUCGUUUCUCGUUUCUUGUCUGUCAAUUGAAGUAACUUAUUACUGUGUUGUACAACAUUUAUUUAUUUACAGUUUUGGUGUUUAUUGUCAUACGUUUAGGUAUUAGAUUUUUAUUGUGUUACAUUACAACAUCCGAAAUGUUUCCACUAGAGUUUCGUAUGAGCGAUAUCUUUGGUCAACACACGAGAGUUGACUAUCCCAACUACCUAGGCCUAGUUAAUUAGAUGAAGCAGUAGGCUGUAUGACUAACUUACAUUUAUCAAGGGAAUCUUAAGAUCUCUUAUAUCAAGAUGCCUUUGAGUGCAGACAUAUCAAGUGCUCUUCAGCUGUUGGAGCACAUACAACUCACAAUCAACCAAAGUGACGACGUGAAGCUACAAGCUCAGACUGCCGAUGACCUCAACUUCCUCAUAUCAUCAUUGGAAAAUCCAAUCCUACGCAGUAUUGUUACCUUACAAGAUUCGCUGAGUGAGUUGAAUGGCCAGCUGCAGCAGCACCCGUCCAUUCUUCCCGUAGACUUUGACAUCGGGCUGGGCGGAGACCUGAUAUUGAGUGUACCUCCACCACUGUAUGAGGCAGAUUAUGUCCCCGCCACUACUCCCCGCACUGAGUUUGAUGAUCAGAGAGUUCCGGUGGCCAAGCUGUCUCAGAGCUCUUCAGGCGACUCACCUUCACCUCAGAUUGUGAGUCCGGCUCCUGAGGACACUAGUCUGCCACCGAUCACAACUCCGUCAUACGCCCUUGAGUUCCAGAAGGCCAUUGAGCAGUCGUCACAUGGAAGAGAAGUGCAGACGAUAAAGCUGAUGAAACCUGAAGGAGGAAGUCUGGGCUUCAGCGUGGUCGGUUUGAAGAGUGAAUUUGAGGGAGAGCUUGGAAUAUUUGUGCAAGAAAUCCAACCCGCCAGUGUUGCUGGAAGAGAUGGGAGAUUGCACGAGGGUGACCAGAUACUGGCCAUCGAUGGACAACCCCUGGACUCCAACAUCACUCAUUACCAGGCCAUCAACAUACUGCAGAAGGCCAGAGGACUGGUGGAGCUGGUGAUCGCACACUACGACUGUCCAGAGCCACGACCAGCCAGCGCCGUAUCCGACUCUUCCAAAGCUGGCUCUGACAUGCUGAACACAGAGUGGGCGCAGGUAGAGGUUAUUGACCUAGUCAACGAUGGGUCAGGACUGGGGUUCGGCAUCAUCGGAGGUCGCAGUACUGGUGUGGUGGUCAAGACCAUUCUACCUGGAGGUGUGGCAGACAGGGAUGGCAGGUUGCAGAGUGGAGAUCAUAUUCUGCAGAUUGGAGAAGUCAAUCUCCGAGGGAUGGGCAGUGAGCAGGUGGCAGCAGUGCUCCGUCAGUCUGGCAGUCAUGUGAGACUUGUGGUAGCUCGUCCUGUCGAACCAACAUCGCCAGAAUACCAGGCCCUGGACAGCCAUGCCCCCAUAGUACCUACCAAGCUCCUAGGAGACCCUGAAGAGUUGGACAGACAUCUGGUGCAGAACGGAUAUCCCGAGGUCACCAUCCCAUACGACAACUACGUCGAUCUACAGAGUCAAGACGCCCUACAGGUGAUGGACGUAGUGCGGCCGCCGCUCCCUACCACCCCUAUGCCUCUAAUCACAGCCCCUUCCCUGCCUUUGCUCACCCUAGACAUGCUGCCACCUCAAACACAGCUGCCGGAGAUGGAGAAGUUCACGGUUGAGAUACAGAAGGAUACCCAUGGUCUCGGCAUCACCAUCGCCGGAUAUGUGUGCGAGAAAGAGGAUCUCUCAGGUAUCUUUGUCAAGAGCAUCAGUGAAGGCAGUGCUGCCGACCUCUGCAAGAAGAUUCAAGUCAACGACCGAAUUGUAGAGGUGGAUGGCAAGUCUCUACAAGGCUACUCCAACUUUGAGGCUGUAGACUUGCUGAGGGCCACAGGACAGAGUGUGAGGUUGACAUUGGAGAGGUAUCUGAGAGGUCCCAAGUUUGAGCAGUUGCAGCAGGCCAUCGCUAAUCAGCAGCUGAAGCCACCCACUCCUAAUUCACCCUCUGCCAUGUCGCUACCCAAGUACCAGCUUAGUAUGGAUGGAGAAUCAGCAGAAGUGGAGGUAGAGCCGGAAGCUGAGUCACAGACCACCAUAGACUCAGCCGUGUUGGCUGAGGCAGCAAAUCAUGAGAUCAAUGUAGAAGACAUAGAGCUGCUGAUAGAUGAGGAUUAUGAUGGUCCUCUCAAGCCAACAGUGGAAGCUGCCAUCAAAGCCAAGUGGAACAAGAUCUUAGGACCUGACGUUGACAUAGUGGUAGGACAGCUGUGCAAGUUUGGUGAAGGAGGAGGUCUGGGGAUUAGCCUAGAGGGUACUGUAGAUGUGGAGGACGGUCAGGAGGUGAGACCUCAUCACUACAUCAGGUCCAUCCUACCUGAGGGACCCGUUGGACAGAACGGCCAACUGAAGAGUGGGGAUGAACUGCUAGAGGUCAACGGUCACCGUCUGCUGGGGAUGAACCACAUCGAGGUUGUUUCCAUCUUGAAGGAUCUCCCGGUGAAUGUGAGGAUGGUCUGUGCUCGAAGGUCUCCGGACUCUACACCUUACCGCCUCAUUGAUACGUCCCAAGACAAGGCUGCCUUUGCCGCUAGGAGUCUUCUCGGUGGCAGUUUGCAGAACCUAAUCCCUGCUAUGGAGAGGCUCGUCAAAGCCAAAUCGGACGGCUCAUUGGCGUCCACCACCACAGCCACCACUGAGCCCAGUCUUAGCAAGCUCAAGAGCCGUUCGCUGGAGCCUCUCACAGGCCUCGCUAUGUGGAGCAGCGAGCCGCACAUCAUCGAGCUGGUCAAGGGAGAGCGCGGUCUGGGCUUCUCUAUUCUCGAUUACCAGGACCCAAUGAACCCGAGCGAGACGGUGAUCGUAAUACGAUCUCUGGUGCCGGGCGGAGUGGCGCAAAUGGAUGGCCGACUAAUCCCCGGUGAUCGUCUGUUGUCCGUCAACGACGUGUCGCUCGACCACGCCUCACUAGACCAGGCCGUGCAGGCUUUGAAGGGUGCUGCGAAGGGAGCGGUGAGGAUCGGAGUUGCCAAACCGCUGCCAAUACCCGACUCUGUCAGCCAUAGUCAGCAAGAGUUCCUGGAAGGAUUGAGCCAGGCGACACCCACCCUGGACGACCAUUCCAUGUAUUCGUGCUCCGGCUCAUUGCCUUCUGACCUGGAAGAGGACGAAGCCCCACCUGCCCUCCCCACCUCUCCUCCGCCAGACACAGACCUUCUGAGUGAUGACGUCAUGCUGGAGUCUCACACGCCAGACACUCUGUUAUCAGUGGAUGGUGUCGUUGACCUGGAAGCUGACAAAUCAGUGCCUUUGCCCUCCGAGCUUGAGCAAGAGAUCAAGAUACACAAGGGUUCUGAACCCUUAGGACUCAGCCUAGACUGUGCCGAGGAUGGUGAUGGGAUGGUGGUGUCGGAAGUGUUGCCAGGUGGCGCAGUGGACAAGGACGGUCGGAUCCGGGUUGGUGAUCUAGUACUGAGCAUCAACAACGAGAGCUUACGACACGCUACUCCUGCGCAGUGUAGAGCGAUACUGCGAAGGGCCCAGCUCAUCACUACGGACAUCAAUGUUCGGUACGUGCCGGCUCCAACUACUUUGGAUUACCGGAAGACUUCGCUGCAAGUUGAGUCGUUUGCGGCUCCGGUCAAAUCCACUGUUGUCACUCAAAUCUCCCCUAGGAUAUUUCCAGACUACUACAGAUCGCCCUACAUCACCCAAGAGGUGACGGUCCAAGUUCCGUCAGUCCCUGUGGUUAUCCCGAGUGAUCAGCUGUCACCCACCAGCGUUCUCUCUGAAGGCAACGAGUCAUUCGUCGACUGCGACAGCAAACGAACCGACAGUCUCUCAGACGACCGGGAGCCGUUUAGAGAGCCUGAAAGUGACAUUAAACUUAUUGAGGAACCUGCCGAGGCGAAAGUCGGCGAAUCCGAAGUUGAAUCGGAAGUGAUAGAGAGGACAGAAACCGUUAUAGUUUUAGAGUCGCCUCUUGAGAAACUCUCACGAGAAUCGGUAGAAAGUGUUGAAAGUGUUGUGUCAGACAGAUCGUUGUCGGUGGUGAGUGGAGAAAUAAGAAGGACUUCUGUGAUAGACCCUCCCUCGGGGUUUCAGACUAGCUCGCCUUCCUCUAGGGAAGACCUUCGCGAGGAACUCGAACCUGAAACUUGUGAAACUGAACCUGAAGUUUGUGAGGAAACUUGUGUGGAAGUUGAAACUUGCGAAUCUGAAGUUGUUCAUCCACCCAUUGUUGAAGUCCCGCCGUGGACUCGAAGUGACCUUCGCACUUCGUCCAAGCUCUUCCGAGGACAAAGUGUAGAUAAUCGUCAGAGGUGUUCUUCAUUGACGAUAUCACGGUUAAUCGCACCUUUAAUCAUUCCUGUGAUAUCAGUACCUGUUAUACGAUUACCUGAAGAAGAUGAGGUUGACAGCUCAGUCAGUGUAAUACGUCGUGGUCAGCUGCUGAGGUCAGCCAGCACAGGUCAAGAGGUCGAUGCUGUAGGUCUAGACAACAUGACAGUGACCAACACAUCACAGUCCCAAUCCUCAGUGUUGUUGGCCAAACAUUGGGGACCGGAACGCAACGUCCAUGUGCUGAGAGAACCAAACUGCAGUCUGGGCAUCAGCAUAGUAGGUGGCAAGGUUGACUUGUACAAUGCCGGAGGUGACAGUGGCUCAGCCAUUUCUGGUAUCUUCAUCAAGAACGUCCUGCCCCAAAGUCCUGCAGGACGCACAAACGAACUCAAGACGGGUGACCGUAUCUUGGAGGUGGAUGGUAUUGACCUCCGCACGGCCAGUCAUGAGAGAGCUGUGGAAGUGAUCAGGGCCGCUGGCAACCCCGUCAGGUUCUUGGUGCAGUCUCUAGUACAGUGGAGUGUUGACAGUGAGAAUGAAGGAGCCUCAGGCUACAAUUACAGCCGAGGGAUGUCUGUGAAGAAGAAGGCUCCUGCUCCACCUUCACCUACAGAUCUACUCAAGGCCACCCCCUACCCCAUCCCUCAGGCUCGUACACCUACCCCUGAACUGAUACAGGAUGGCUGGUCAGAUGGGAGGAGGCAGAGUCAGCAGGGUGGUCGUAGAGCCUCUACUAAGGCCCCAGCCCCUCGCCAGGCCUCUGUCAAGAAGUACUCAUCAUCCGAGGAGAGUGAUGACGAGGAGGACACUCGAGACAUGGAGGGCCGCAUAUACACCAAGAAGGGAGUAGAGAUAUCUCGUGCGAGUGCGGGCAACGUAAAGCGAACGAAAGAAGAAAUAGAUGCUGACCCAGAAGAGGAGGAUGACUUCGGCUACACGCAAAAUAAAGUGAAAAAGAAGUAUGGGAACCUGGGGCCGGGCGUGGUCAUGGUGCAGCUGGAGAAGGGCCACCAAGGGCUGGGCAUCAGUCUGGCCGGGCACAAGGACCGCAACCGUAUGGCAGUGUUCGUCUGCGGCAUCAACCCCAAGGGCUCUGCCUUCAAGACCGGGGGAAUCUGCGUGGGAGAUGAGAUACUCGAGGUGAAUGGAGUGGUCCUACAUGGAAGAUGUCACUUGAAUGCCUCAGCCAUUAUCAAGGGUCUGCCCGGCCCCACGUUCAAAGUCAUAGUUCUAAGGAAGGAUGAAGGUCUAGAAAGCCUAGCAGUCAAGCCUAUAACGCAAUUCCCCGUCUCACUCGAUGAUGAGACGCCCGAGCAGAGAUACGCCAACUUCAAAGGUCUUCGAACAGUUAACAUCAAGAAGCCCAGUUUUACGGAGAGUGGAGCCACCUCCCCUACCCAGCAGACCGGCCAGGGUCUGGGUAUCAUGAUCAUUGAGGGGAAACAUGCUGAAGUUGGGCAAGGAAUAUUCAUUUCUGACAUCCAAGAAGGCAGCGCAGCAGAGCAGGCUGGGUUGGUAGUUGGAGACAUGAUUCUUGCAGUCAACAAAGAUACCCUAUUAGGCUCUAACUAUGAUGCAGCUGCAGCGCUUCUCAAGAAGACAGAAGGUGUAGUGACUCUAGUUGUAUGCAACCCCAACAAACCUAAAGCUGAAGAGAAGACGGACGCUGCUGCACCGAGAAGUCCGACUCCACAACCACCUAAGGAACCAGAGAAACCAAGACUGACUGACCCCGCCACCCUGGCAGAGGAGCCGCCAGCAGACCCAGCUACUGCCCCCGUCACCCCUGGAAAGGAGAGCACCAUAGAGAUCAACAAGGACAAAAUGGGACUGGGGCUGAGCAUAGUGGGCGGUUCCGACACAUUGCUGGGAGUUAUCAUCAUUCACGAGGUGUAUCCUGACGGAGCUGCAGCCAAGGAUGGUAGACUCAAGCCUGGAGACCAGAUACUGGAAGUGACAAGUGAAGAUUUCCGCAGCAUCACCCACAGCAAGGCCCUCGCUGCUCUUAGACAAACACCUGCCAAGGUUAAAAUGGUGGUGUUCAGAGAUGAAGCUGUAGUCAGUGGCAAGGAGGAAGAACUGAUGGACAUUAUGGAGAUCGAACUGACGAAGAAACCGGGUAAAGGUCUCGGUCUGAGCAUCGUUGGUAGAAAAAACGGCCCUGGGAUAUUUAUUUCUGAUGUUGUCCAGGGUAGCACGGCUGGUACUGAUGGUAGACUGAUGAAAGGAGAUCAAAUACUCUCAGUGAACGGACAAGACCUUAAGAAUUCAACACAGGAGGAAGCAGCCGCAGUGUUGAAAACAGCAGCUGGCAAAGUCACCAUGAAAUUAGGCAGAUUAAAAGCCAGGCCGGGUUUUGAGCGUCCUCCACCCGUCGUAACUAACGGAGUAUCAGAGAUCAUCGAUAGUUCAACUUCUUCCUCAGGAUUACGAAGACAUUUUGCUACUUUUUCGCUCCGCAAAAAAAAAUCAAAGUGAUUUUUUGUGGAAAGUGUCAAAACAGUAUUUUUCUUGUUACCUGUGAUUUUAGAACAUUUGGUUUCAUUGUAAGUUAGGAUUUCUAAAACAGUGGUAUCACACUUACUCAGGUUUAUAUCAGUUUUUUUUUACUUGUUGAUGGUUUGUACUGUUUCUAGACUGUUAUCUAGCUUUGUUUGCAACAGUUGUCCCUGUUUCCAUAUUUGAGAACCUAGUAUCGUAACCCCGAUAUGUACGGGACUAGCUUGUAAUAUGGACUUGGCUUAAUCUGGACACGAUUUGAGAGCAGUUUUUAAAUAUUUUACAAAGUUAGGAUGUGCUAUUGUAAACUACACAGCUACUGCACAUUAAUGUCAGCAUAUAGCUAGUAUUUCGAUUUUUAAUUUAGAACACGAUAUUCAAGUUUUGUUGCAAAUAUUGUUUUAUUAUAAAACCCUGUUUUUGUUCACAUUACAAUUAUUUAAAACCUAAUAUGCAUUUGCACCAAACCACAUUACUUUGAAUCCAAAUUAGUCUGGAUUAAGAGAGUUUACUAUAUUUUAAAGUUGCUCAAAGUAACUUUAAAUUUCUUUCUUCAAUGUACUUUAUUUAUUAGUUUUUACGCUAAACAAAGUACUGGCUCUAAAAUGUAUUAGGCCUACCAUUUAAAAUGAGUUAUUGUUCAUUCAUAAAAAAGCACAACAACAUAACGCUAAACAAAUUUGUAAUAAUAAUAGGCCUAAUGAUUUUGUAUAUCUGUUCGGUCACAAAUUGUUACUUUAUUUAUUAAGCAUACCGUAUAUUUUCUUUUGUUUUCUUUUGAUUCCAUUCCAUUAAUGUUGUUUUCAAACUCCUAGUAAAAUAAAUAAACAAAAUAUCUUUUUCAGUCUUCAGUUUUUUUUUAAGUUUUUUUUUUAUUUUAUCGUUAUGAACCAUGUUUAUUUUGUAUUUUAUUCCAAUGUUUUCAAUAUUCAAACCAAAUCCUGAAUCAAAUUGUUUUCAUACGUUGAGUGGUAGUUUUCAAUACUUUUUUAGUUUACUUGUAUUUAUUGGCUGAUCCAACGAAUUUGUUAGCUUUAUUUUGCAUUGUAAGAUUUUUGUGAUUUAAUUGUACAGUAAAUGUUAUACUUUGUUCAGCUUUCGGUUGUAUGUAUUUAAUUUUACAGUCAAUGAGAUGUAAGAUUAGAUUACUUGUGUUAUCACAAAAUAAGAACCUCAAUUAUUUAGGUGCAUGUAUACCUAGCGGUGGGUUAUUAUUUCUUGUUAGUAAAAUUUCAGUGUCAAAAAGUACCAAUAAUCUAGGAAACUUUCAAGUUUUUAAUCCAUACUGAUUCUAUGCUGAUUGGAUCUAGGAAAAUAUAAAAUAAAAUUUUAUACCUAUAUUUUAUGCUGUUGCAAAGUAUUUUAAUGUUUUUUUUUAUGUUUUUAACUGUUCUUUUUUUAAUAAAAUUUUAUUAGGUACAUAUAAUUUGAUAAGAGAAAAACUGUAUUUGGGGACAAAAAAUGUAAAGAAUAUUCAACUAAAUUGAAACCUAUUCUAGUUUCUAAAGAAAGCAAUAUUUUUUCACUAAUAACUAUGGAUUUAUUUAACUCAUUCAAAUUACCCUGGAUCGAGGUUUUAAAGUAUUCCUACGCUUCUAAGUUCUAACAAAAAGUAAUGUAUGAGUUUUGGGUAGUAUUGCAUAUUAAUUUUUUUACAUUGGUAUAUUUUUCUGUAAUAGAUUUUAUCUUCUAUUACUAAUCCCUGUGAGUAGUCAAAAUUUUUGAAGAGG